GUGGCCCUGCCGUGCGUGUGCAGAGCGUGGCGGCGGUGCCUGUGUGAGUAAGUGACCGCCCGACUGUGUCAGGUGACUCGGGUCACGCAGUCUCUCUCGCUCGCUCCGCUGGGAGGACGCGGGGCUCUGGCUGGCUGCUCCGGUCGCAGCACCGCCCGGCCCGAGACCUGCGGGGAAGGGAUCGAAUCGGAACCUCCCGCGGCAACGGCGGGGGGCGGCCGCGAUGAGCCAGGUGCCGAGGAAGCCGCAGGAGGAGGAGGAGGAGGAGGAGGAAGAUGAACUUGUUGGGCUCGCGGACUACGGGGAUGGGGCCGAGUCCUUCUCGGAUGGAGACCUGGAGACCGGCGCCGACGAAGCGUUUUUGGAUUUCAGUGACCCCUUCAGUACUGAAGUUAAGCCAAGAAUCCUACUCAUGGGACUGAGAAGAAGUGGGAAGUCUUCCAUUCAGAAAGUUGUCUUUCACAAAAUGUCUCCAAAUGAAACCCUUUUCUUGGAGAGCACUAACAAGAUCUGCAGAGAAGAUGUUUCCAACAGCUCCUUUGUUAACUUUCAGAUAUGGGACUUUCCUGGGCAAAUUGACUUCUUUGACCCUACAUUUGACUAUGAGAUGAUUUUCAGAGGCACUGGAGCACUGAUAUUUGUCAUAGAUUCUCAGGAUGAUUAUAUGGAGGCCUUGGCUAGGUUGCAUCUCACUGUGACCAGAGCUUAUAAAGUGAAUCCAGACAUCAACUUUGAAAUCUUUAUUCAUAAAGUGGAUGGUUUGUCUGAUGAUCACAAGAUUGAAACCCAAAGAGACAUUCACCAGAGGGCAAAUGAUGACCUUGCAGAUGCUGGAUUAGAGAAAAUUCACCUCAGCUUUUAUCUGACAAGCAUAUAUGAUCAUUCUAUAUUUGAAGCCUUUAGCAAAGUGGUACAGAAACUGAUUCCACAGCUCCCAACCCUGGAAAACCUCCUUAACAUCUUUAUCUCAAAUUCUGGGAUUGAGAAAGCAUUUCUGUUUGAUGUAGUCAGUAAAAUUUAUAUUGCAACGGACAGUACUCCAGUGGAUAUGCAAACUUAUGAGCUCUGCUGUGAUAUGAUAGAUGUUGUUAUCGAUAUUUCUUGUAUCUAUGGGCUCAAAGAAGAUGGCGCAGGAACACCUUAUGACAAAGAGUCAACAGCAAUCAUAAAACUGAACAAUACAACUGUCCUUUAUCUAAAGGAGGUGACAAAAUUCCUUGCUCUUGUUUGCUUUGUAAGAGAAGAAAGCUUUGAGAGAAAAGGACUAAUAGACUAUAACUUCCAUUGUUUUCGCAAGGCCAUACAUGAAGUAUUUGAAGUGAGAAUGAAAGUAGUGAGAUCUAGAAAACAUCAGAGCCAGAUGCAAAAAAAUAAGAGAACCACCCCUAAUGGCACACCUAGAGCACCACUGUAGCUGAAGUUCUAAUGGCAUUGUUGACAGCAAGGCUCUUGUUGCACUGACUGAAGGGGAAGAGAAAUGGGACUGAUGUAUUACAUGGAUUUUCCUCCCAACGCCUCAAAAAAACACUGUUUAAACAUUUUUAUCCAGUCAGUUUUUUCAUAUACAGUGAAUACUUUGAGCAAAAUAUUGUAUAUAAACAUUGAGGUGAAUAUAUGUUCUUGUAAGGAUUCUCUGAAUAUAUGCUGUAAACUUUUUUUCCAGGUCAUAUUAAGAAAAAUCAGCUGUGACAGAAAUGUUGGGUACAUAAUUUGCACUUUUUUCGUGUUCUCCUCAUGGAGUUAAACUUUGAUAAACUUAGUUUUUUAUGCUGAUUUUCAUGCAUGGUGUCAGGUAAAACGUAUAGUGUAGUUUAUAUACGUGCUACAAUCAAAUUGUUUACUAAACAAUCAAGAAAACUUGAUACAAUUACUUUUUUAAAAUUUAUGACAGAAUACAUAACAUUCAUACAAAUCUAACUUCAUAUAUUUUUUUCAAUUUGUAAGUUGAAGAAUUCUUAUUUUGAAGUAUGAUAGCAAUAAGAGCUUUACCAACUGGUAGGUAAAAAUUAGCUUUUGUAAAACAGGCCUUUGGCUAAACUCUACCCAAACUUCUCCAUAACACUGGUAAUGCCCUCUCAGUUGGGCUUUUUAUUAUAAUUUACCUCAACAUAUGCUCUAAAAUAACUUUCUAUAAAGAUAUUAUUUUGUAAUACUGCUUUAUGUUGCAUUGGUGUUUUUAUAACAUUUCAGGAAUAGGGUAUGUAACUAAAGAAUUUUAUUUAUAUGCUUAGUUUGAGAGUCUGAGCCUCUACAAUUGGAGGAAGAAAAAGUCUGUAUUUCAUUUCUGCCGUACCACUAUAAUAUAAUGUUUCAGGUAUAUUAAAGCAUUAGAGAAAAAUCCUAAUAAAAGUUGCUCAUGUUGGGGCCCAGUUCUGCUUGCUUUACUUGGGUCAAAUUGUUUCAUGGUCUCUGUGUAUAUAAUGUCUUCUGCAGUUUCCACAGUAUGCAUCCGAUGAAGUGAGCUGUAGCUCACGAAAGCUUAUGCUCAAAUAAAUUGGUUAGUCUCUAAGGUGCCACAAGUCCUCCUUUUCUUUUUGCGAAUACAGACUAACACGGCUGUUACUCUGAAACCUUUGAUUUCAGAGAGAGUUCUUAAGUAAGGACUGAGGAAUUGGUCUCUUUUACUCUAAUCUACAUAGAUGUAACUACUUUCUGUUUUAACACUGAUCACAGUGGCAUAUCUGUCCUUGCAGCAAUUAUGGCACUGCCCACCCCAGAAAGGAGGGCACGGGGAAGUAAAACUUGCCUUCUCAAUUCUGUAUUAAUUUUAUAGUUGUAGCUUAAAGAAUAGCUCUUCCAAAUGAAAGAGCACACAGGGAAGAGCAGCUCCUGUACCCAUGCCUCCUAUAUAGGGCUUAUGUGCACAUGGCUCUAGAACAGCUGCAAGAGUUCAUUGAAUAACCUGGUAGCCAGAAAAGAUAACGGAGGAGCACUUUUGAAAGUUUCCUUUGUUAAAAAGCACACGUUCAGUUAAAACAAAUUGUAAUGCUGCACCUUUAAUUGUGCAUUAGAACCACCAGUAUUUUCUGGCUUAUGACAGAAAUGGAGAGUUUUUACCAACAGCAAACAUAGUCAUUGAGAGACUUGCUGAAUACAUACACUGUACUCUUUUAUAAGACCAUCUUGAAAUGUCUUAUGCAAUUCUUUAGCUUCUGUUACUGUGCCCAACAUCAAGGUAGUAGAGUGCCAGCUGAUAUAAGAUGGAAGAUACUACUAUAACCAGUAGUAUCUUCUUUGGGAGUUAAUAGUCAUGUCAGUGAGUGCUCCCCUGUAUUCUCCCCUCCAUAGCACUUCCCCAGAAGUGGAUUUGGGCCACAGUGUGUGCAUAUUUGUCUCCCUCUUUUGUUGCAGUGGUGUGUCAUGAGUAUCGGUCUUCACCACUUCACUUCUCUUAGAUGUAUCUGAUUAUGUGGGGCAAGGAACAUCUUCAGUGCUGCCCAUGUAUUGGACCAGACACUUCAAAGAAUGCUACUGUUUUUUUCCUGCCACAGAGAUGCUGCUGUGGGAACCAGGAGAGGUUAAUUAAGAUGUCUGGUUUCUUUAUGUAAGCAUCCACAUUUUUCCAUUAAACAUGCAAUCACAGUAACAUAUUUGUGUCAACUUAGUUAAGCCUUACAUUUUACAUUAUGUUGUGCAUUAUACUGUAACCAGGAUGACUCUUGCAGCUAUCAUACAAAACUUCCAAAUGGAUAAAAUCAGGGUAAAAAUCAAAUAAUCUUACCUAUGUUACAAAUAAUAUGUUGGAUUAUUAAAGCUGAAAGAACUGAAAGAAUGUUAAAAUAAAACUACUUUUGUUGUUCA